CCUUGGAAAGGUGCUUCGCAAAACAAGAACAUGCACGCCCCACUCAUGAACGCAGCCUAUGCGGUGAUAAUAUUGGGCGUGGUAGAUGCAGCUCUCGCUUUCGACUUUAACGCGGACAAAUGUGGAGUCAGCAGUGUUCCCGCCCUGAACAUUCUGGGUGGAAAAGAAACACAUCCAGGACAGUUCCCAUGGCAGGUGCUUUUGGAAUGGCGAGGACAACAUUUUUGCGGCGGAAGCAUCAUUUCACCAAGUAAGAUUGUUACAGCGGCCCACUGCGUCGUCAACUUCACACUUGGUGAUCUCUAUGCGGUCGCUGGCCUUCGCAAGAGAGAUUACACAAAGUCUGGGGAAGCUCAUGUACAGAAACGAAAGGUUGCAGCUGGUGAGCGACAUGAAUCAUUCUACGGGAAAUAUGGUCAUCAAAAAUACGACAUCGGAUUGCUUACUCUCGAAGAGCCCUUCGACUUGCAAUCUGCCGACGGUCACAUUGCUCCGGUUUGUCUACCUCCAGAAAACUUCACUGCUUCGGGUACGGUCACUGUCACAGGCUUCGGAAGGGACUUAGAGGGAGAAACUCCAUUGUCUGACACGCUGCAAGUGAUCACGAUUCCUGUUCUACCCGAUGAAGACUGCCACAAAGCCUAUGGCGGACGCUUUUUCAACGACAGCAUGUUCUGCGCCGGUGGUGAGAGCGAUAGCAAGGAUGCUUGCAAGGGUGACUCUGGAGGUCCUGCAGUGCAGAAGGUGAAUGGGAGAUACAUCCUGGCUGGUAUUGUGUCCUGGGGUGAAGGGUGUGGGAAGGCAGAAAAGCCUGGUGUAUACACGCAGGUUUCUCGGUACUUGGAUUGGAUAGGCAGGCGCAUGUCUCCGUACAGUGAACAGCCGUUUCGUCCGUACAGUAGUCGACGAUGAAUCAAGUGAUCCGUCAUGUUCUA